GGUAUAGUCUAUGAUUACUAACCGGUACACCGGAAAUAGCUGUACGUCAUUUUCUUUUUCUCCUCCCAUAGCUUCGGAAACAAAUAUUUGCAACAUAAAAAAACGCGUGAUUAUGGGGAUAAUAAUUCACGAGUACCGUGUGGUACUUCCUAUGAAAGUAGAAGAGUACCAGGUAGCCCAGCUGUAUUCAGUAGCUGAAGCCAGUAAGGAAAACACAGGUGGAGGGGAGGGUAUUGAAGUACUCGUCAACGAACCAUUUGACCUGAAUGACCCUAAUCUACCAGCAGAAAGAAAACCAGACAGCCCUCUCCAGGCUAAUGGUAAAUCAUAUUCGAAGGGACAGUACACACACAAGAUAUACCAUUUGCAAAGUAAAGUUCCAAGUUUUAUCAGAGCAAUUGCACCCAAAGGUUCUCUAGAAAUUCACGAAAAAGCAUGGAAUGCCUACCCAUACUGCAGGACCAUAGUUACGAACCCAGGUUACAUGAAGGAUGCAUUCUUCAUCAAAAUUGAAACCAUGCACUUUGAAGAUAGAGGAGCGAUGGAGAAUAUACAUGACUUACAAGGUGAAGAUUUACAAAAGCGAAAUGUCACCAUAAUUGAUAUAGCAAAUGAUCCAGUUAGUUCAAAGGAUUACAAAAAGGAAUAUGAUCCCAAACUUUACAAGUCUGCAAAGACUGGUCGUGGACCUUUAGACAAAAAAGACUGGAUUUCCACUGUAGAGCCGGUUAUGUGUGCAUACAAGUUGAUCACUGUCAAGUUUAAGUGGUUUGGUCUUCAAGGACGUGUUGAAAGUUUUAUUAAUAAGCAAGAGCACAGGCUAUUCCAUACGUUCCACAGACAGGUGUUCUGUUUAACUGACAAGUGGCAUGGAAUGACAAUGGAUGACAUUAGAGAAAUUGAAGAGCAAACUAAACGGGAACUUGAUGAGAUCCGCUCAAAGGGUGAGCUCCGAGGCAUGAAGGCAGAGGAUUGAUGAGAGCAGACAUAUAGGAAACAUUUUGAAGGCACCAUCUUGAAUAAGCUUAGAUAGAUGCCAACCACUGCUGAAAACUGACAGCCUGCUUGAUUACAUAUACCUGAAACAACACAAAACCACAAUCACUGUUUGUAUAUCUGGAUGAGGAACUACAGCUAAGCAUGAUAACCAGUUUCAACUUUUAAAUUGUUUUGAGGCCAAUCGGUAUCUGAUACUGAAUAUUUGUUAUAUAAACAAAGCUUUCAAUAAUUGUAUGUCCUUAGUAAUUAUGCUUAUUUAGUAAUUAUGCUGACUAAAUAAAGAUUCAUUUAUUUGUUCAUAAAAUUUGUUCGGUUUAAUUGACUCUUUCCCUGUGCAAGUUUAAGUGUUGAUGAAUAUCAUAGGGCAAUAGGGUAUGUACUUUGGUAAAAAAAAAUAAUUGCAGUUUAGAUAGGUAGAUUUUAAGUGUCUUGUUUAAAGACUUAAAAAUUAAGUUAUGACUAGCAUAAAUUCAGAUUUGAUUUCAUUAUUUUUUUAUGAAUGGGAUUUACAUAAAAUUGGUAUGAAACAAGAGUAUGCUUUAGGUAUUUGUAGUCACAUAAGUGAAACAUAGUGUGUACUGUCUCAGUGUAAAUGCUUUUAAUGUCUGUCAAUUUAGGUUGAUUUUGUCAAUUUUGACAUAAUGAUUAUUGUGAGUAUUUGCAGAUCAGUCCGACAUUGGUGUCAUGUUAUUAUUCCCUUGACUUAGUUCAGUGUUGUGAGCAUGUAAAGCUUGUCAUUUAAUGUACAACAAUCAUAUAUUUCACUCAAAAUUAAUGAAGAAUAUAUAGUCUUUAACAUUUUAUACAUAUGUGAAUGCUCUUAAUCAAAUCUCUGUAUUAAGAGGCCACCUAAACAUUUUGUAGAAUCAAUAAUAAUGAAUUUCAGUAUGUUCGAUUAAGAUCUCUUUAUGUAAACCUUAUUCUGUGACUUGUGUUGUGUUUUGACUCUUUAAAUUUCUUUACACACUUUCACAAAUUGUCCAUUAUUUUUGCUAUACAUAAAUAAAAUAAUAAAAAUAAAGCUGUAUUUUGACAUUGUGCUUUUAGCUUCAUAGAUAAAAUGUCUUAUGUUGGAUGUUUAUGCGACUUGCAUUCUUAAACGCUAUACAUUUACUAGUUAAGAACAGGUAUUCAAAAAGUAUGUUUAAGACUGAACAGAAAAAAAAACAAGUUAAUUUAUCAUAUCAGAAUAAAUAUAGUUUUUUGCCAUGUCACAUCAUAAAAUAUGAUACAUUUGUAAUAUAGCAGUUUGAUUUAUCAAAUUUGUCCAGGAAAUCUAUUAGUAAGCACCCCAAAAGCUUGUUUACAAACAAUUUUCCUGAACUUGUUCAAUAAAGUUGAUUUAAAAUGACAGCUUAUGACAUCCAAUAUUUAUUGUUUAUCAAAUAACUGUAGUGUUUGUUUACGUUAACCUUAAACUGUUUGAACUCCUUUUUUGUGUAACUCUGCAAACUAUGUUUGAGGGGGGGUUGAUAGAAGUCACUCUGUAAGGCAGCCAAAGUGAAUGUAUUAAAUGUUAUCAGUGUGUGGAAUAAGCUGCUGCCACAUUCUUAACUUAAAUUUUUAACCACCAUGAAGUUUAUUUUUCAGUGAUCCAAACAAAUGCCCCAAAGCAGCAAGCAAAGCAAGGUGUGGUAUUGUUCAAAUUUGCGACAAAGUGCUAUUGGCUAUUGUAACAUAUUUGCUCAUUAUGUUAGUACCUGUGUUCUUGUUAUGAUUUUUAUGCCCCUGGAUCAAAAGAUCGGGGUAUAUUGUUUUUGGCCUGUCUGUCUGUCUUUCUGUCAUCCAUUCAUUCAUUGUGUGUGUCCCAAAACUUUAACCUUGGUUAAAGUUUGAUACUUUUGCAUUAUUGAAGAUAGCAACUUUAUAUUUGACAUGCAUGUGUAUCUCAUGGAGCUAAACAUUUUGAGUGGUUAAAAGUCAAGGUCAAAGUCAUCCUUCAAGGUCAAAGGUCAAAUAUGGUAUUUUUCUUUCCUUAAACUUUAACCUUCGUUAAAGUUGGGUCAUAACUUUUUUGAUAUUGAAGAUAGCAACUUGAUAUUUGGCAUGCAUGUGUAUCUCAUGGAGCUGCAUGUUUUGAGUGGUGAAAGGUCAGGGUCAAUGUCAUCCUUCAAGGUCAAAGGUCAAAUUUAUGGCUUCAAAGUGGCGCAAUAGGGGGCUUUGUGUUUCUGACAAACACAUCUCUUGUUUUCUUUGUUUUCUUUAAUUUGCAUACAAGAAAUACAAAUCAUGUUAUUUCCAUCUUGUAAUAAAACUUGUAUACUGAUAUAAAACUAAUUUGCAUGUCUAUCUGAUAUUUAAGAAAUGUAAGCAACUUUUGUAAAAAUUUAUUUAAAAUAUGAAUAUUGGCAUUGUGUUAGAUGUAUUUAUUAUUAUUGAAAAAAAAAUCUUUUGAUUUGUCAAUUAGAAAAUAGUUUAACAAAAUUUUCCAUGUAUGUUGUAUAUACUUCCUUCUUAAUAAUAUAUUUUAAAGUAGGGCUAUUGUCAACUUAUAGUUAAGAGUAUCUAUUAAUAAUUAAGAAUGGCAUGGACACAGCAGUUUUUUCUUUCAAUCAUUCAAUCAUUCUUUUCUUAUACACCUAUAAAGACAGAUGUGAUUCUGACUUGAACUCACAAACGGUUGUUAUGAAUAUCAUUGAUCAUGAACUAAAUGUUGACUUCAAAGAUAGGCUUGUAGUUAAAUGCUCUCCCAUCCUAUCACGUUUUGUGUGACCUACCCUGCACUUUCUUUCAUGAGUCUGAACUUCACCACAUUGUUCUUGUAUGCUAUCAUGAAAUAGAUGUUAUAAAUAAGGUC